AUGGACUCUCCACGGCGGUCUCGGAACCGCGCCGCCUGUCGGAGGUGUCAGCGACGGAAAAUCCGCUGUGAUGGAGAUCUUCCCCGCUGCGCCUCGUGUAGAAAGGCCAAUGUAGCCUGUGUGAACGAUGGCAAACAAGAGGUUAAUCGCACGUACAUUGCGAAUCUACAAAAGCGUGUACAGUGGUUAGAGUCCUUAGUGAAGGAACGAGAUCCAACGGUCCAGCUAGAGGAUGGCCCGCAAGUACAUAUAUCGGAUAUCUCACAACUCGAACCUACGGAAGAAAGCACCGAAAUUGAGUCUACUAUUCCACAGGGCGCCCGCAUUCGCCAGUCAAUAACACCUCAUGUACAACCCGGGCCAGUGCACCCGCAACCGUCUCAAACACAUUCAAGACCGGCCCACGAAAUUGGUCUCGUCUCUCUUUCUUCAGGAGAGCCGAGAUACAUUGGUCCUUCAAGCGGAUAUUUCCUAGCAAACCUCAUAUUUUCAAGUGCUGGCCGACGAACGGGGCCAUCGGGAAACCAUGGCAAUGCGGACAAACCAAUGUCGCUUUCAUCCGAGUUUUUCAACAGCCCAGCAUCGCUCCCAAGUCGCAAAGAAGAUGCUGUGGAGCUUACUUCAAAGUACUUUUCUUCGGUCCAUCUCGUAUACCCCUUUCUACACCAACCGUCGCACAUGACAAGACUCGGGAGAAUUUAUAGCGAUGAAGCAUCCCCCAGCCCAGCCGAUACCUUUCACGUCUUCAUGGUGCUCGCAAUAGCAGCCUCGGAUCUCUCUAGACGGUUCAGAAUUCCCCUUCCGGCCGAGGGGUAUUAUACAGCAGCUACCCACUUUUUCGAACGUGCUUGUGCCGAUGGUUCUUUGGAAGGACUCCAGAGUCUGCUUUUGCUAAUGGUAUAUGGACUUCAUAAUCCCUCGUGUGAUAUCAAUGUCUGGAGCCUGAACUACCAAUGCUUGGGCUCCCUGAUUGACUUGGGUCUUCAGCGUGAUGUUCGCGCAUCAUCGACAUUCUCCAUCUCGUUCCUAGAGCAGGAAAUGCGGACUCGCAUCUUCUGGGUUGUAUACAGCUUUGAUCGUACAUUAGGCACGAUGAUGGGUCGACCGAUCGGGGUGAGAGAUGAGGCGUGCGAGCUUCGGCUCCCUUCGGAUGUCUCUGAUGAUGAUCUUUCCCAGGCAACUUGUGACGAAACCUCGGGAAGUCGCACAACUUCUCACAUGACAUUCUCUAUCCAUCUGUUCAAACUCGCCCGCAUCAAUUCUGAGAUUAAAUAUGUCAUGCACAGCAUCUGCAGAGAUCCUCCCCAAUAUGCUUACCCACCGGUACCCGACAUUUAUUUGUGGCAGAAAGAGAUGAUCGAACGCCUUCAGACUUGGCUUUCAGACAUUCCCCGUGGCGCUGAAGGUGAUGCUAUCAUGAAAAUAUGCGAAACCAAGUAUCACGAAAUGAUGAUCCUAGUGCUAAAACCAAGCCCCGGUAUCCCCGAGCCAUCGGAAGAGAUGCUUGCGCGAUGUUUUCAGCAUGCCGUAGAUCUUCUCCGCGGGUUUGGAGAGCUUUACAGACAGGAAGCCCUCUUAUACAGUCGGCUCAUUGUUCACUCUGUCUUCUUGAGCACGCUGAUAUUGCUACAUUGCUUGUGGAGACUGCCCCAUGUUGCAUCCGAAGUGCAGAUUGAUGAGGUGGUUGCUGACACGAGCAUCAGUCUGAAUAUACUAAGCGGCAUUGGGGAAUACUGGGCAGAGGCUAAGCGCGCAAGGGAUUGCAUCCAUGAGUUAUCCGGUGCGACUGUUCAGAGACUUAUCAGGAUUCGAAACUUAGAAGCUUCUUCAAGCUCGAUCAGACUGGGCAAAAAUCAAUCAACUUGCGGCAGAGCGAGAGCACAGCGGCUGCAGACUGUCAGUGAAGGAAUGGAGGUGCCUUUUGCACUUCGUACUGACUCUGGUAUUGAAAACCUGCCGCUGAAUUCCUUUAUCGAUGAUUACGAUCCACACAUUGACUCUAUGACUUGGCUGCAUGAUUCCAUGCCGGGGGGCUUUAUGGACUUCAGCGGAGCCCCAGACUUUGACACUCUCAUGUGGGAGGUCUUUAAUGCUAACUGA